GCAUUCUGGUGGCGCCGGAGCUGCGUUAGUUUGUGGUGGAGGUGAAGAGGAUUAGUGAUCGUCUGAUGUUUAUCAAGUUGGUUUUGGGUGGGUGCGCUAUCAAUGUCGUGAGUGCUUACGCCCCGCAGGUUGGCCUGGCAGACGAAGUAAAGAGGGAGUUUUGGGAUGCCUUGGAUGGGGUGGUUGUUGGUUUUCCACUGACUAAGAAAGUCGUCAUUGGAGGGGACUUCAAUGGCCAUAUUGGAGAAUCAGCUGAUGGCUUCGAGGACGUGCACGGUGGUUUUGGAUUUGGCUGCAGGAACCAGCGGGAGUUUCACUCUUGGAGUUUGCCACAACGAGUGAUAUGGUGGUUGCUAACUCUUGUUUCCCUAAACGAGACGACCAUUUGGCUACACUUUAAGGUGGAAGCUAAGAAGGUGGCAUAUUUGAGGUACAAGGGUUGCAAUGUUGAGGAGGAAAGAGCGGCGUUACGAGUGAAGUACAAGAAAGCACGUAAAGAAGCUAAGUUAGAGGUAACGAGGGAAAAGAAUGCCGCUUUUGAACGCCUCUACAAGGAUAUUGAGGAAAAAGGCAAUGUUAAUCCACUGUUUCGGCUUGCUAAGGUGCGUGAGAGGAAGGCCCAAGAUCUGGAUCACGUGAGAUGCGUGAAGGGCAGCGAUGGUAGAGUGUUAGUUGAGACUGCCAAGUGCCGGCGCAUUUGCUUGGAAAAGGUGGUUCGGGCUCUCCGCGGGAUGCGUAGUGGGAGAGCUUUGGGACCAAAUGAGAUUCCGGUGGAGUUUUGGAAGCAUGCGGGUCGUGGUGCGUGGGUUUGGUUAACCAAACUCUUCAAUGUUAUCCUCCGGAUAGCAAGGAUGCCUGAUGAGUGGAGGGAGAGUCUCUUGGUCCCUCUGUUUAAAGGGAAAGAGGCCAUUCAUCUUGUGAGAAGGUUAAUGGAAGAGUAUAGGGCUAGGAAGAAGGAUCUUCAUAUGGUGUUUAUUGACCUCGAGAAGGCGUAUGAUAGGGUGCCAAUGGAGGUCUUAUGGAGGUGCCUUGAGGGGAAAGGAGUUCCCAUCGUGUACACUCGUGCAAUCAAGGACAUGUACGAUGGGGCUAUGACCAAGGCUGAUAGGGAGUUAGAUGCAGAUAUUGGACAUCGUGUUAGAGUGGCUUGGGCCAAAUGGCGGUUAGCUUCAGGGGUGUUGUGUGAUCCGAAGAUUUCGCGUAGAAUGAAAGGUAAGUUCUAUCAAUCCGUAGUCAGACCUGCUAUGUUAUAUGGGGCAGAGUGUUGGGCAGUUAAGAAGACUCAUGUGCAUCGUCUGCAUGCGGCGCAGAUGCGGAUGUUACGAUGGAUGUGUGGGAAGACAAGGUUGGAUAUGAUUUUGAACGAAGUUAUCCGACGUCAGGUAGGCAUAGCACCGUUGGAAGAUAAGUUGCGGGAAGCGAGGCUGAGAUGGUUUGGCCAUGUGAAACGGCGGGAUGCCUGUAUGGAGAUGCGAGAUGAUUACAGUUAUCGGGGGAAGUAGGGGAAGGGGUAGACCUAGGAAGAAUUGGAAGGAGGUGGAGCCAAAGGUCUCUUGGAAACAGCCUCCCUACCUCCGAGUAGGGGCAAGGUCUGCGUACACACACCCUCACGACUGUUGUGGGAUU